CGACCUACUGGUGCGAGAUUUUGUAAACAAGAAAUUUUAACGAUUUUUUUUAACAAAUAGGAUUCUUUACUCCACAUAAAGAAAAAUUAAAAGAAAUCAUGAUGAAGUACAAAAAUACAGCAGAAUCAUCACCCUUGAUGAUUGAAUCGGAACCUGAAUAUAUUCCACAGGAAGAAAACCCACUGGCUACAACAGUCUCGAAGAAAAAGAGAACCAGAAAAACAUCACUUGUGAUCAACGAUAGCAUUAUUUUACUGGUGGAAUUCUGUCAAAUAUUUGCUUUGAUUCAAUCCAUGUCAUUAAGAUGGGCAUUUCCUUACUCUUGGAUCAAUGCAACUUACUACACCUUUUGGAUCAAUCUGGAUUUUUGGGAGUUUUUUAAAGUGAACAGUGAAACGUAUAAAGGAAUUCAGAACUAUGACAAUCCCAGUGUUGAAAUGCCGUUUAGUUAUGACUAUUAUUUACUAGUAAUUGGACUCCUGGUUCUUUUAACAUUGUUCAUUUUUCUAGUGACUUAUCUAAUCCUGAGAUUUCGCAGGCGACCAUAUUUGUUUGUUCAUGUUUCACGAAUGCAGCGAGCUGUGACGAUAUUGUGUCAGAUUUUUACUAUUCCAGUAGGCGUGGCCUUGUUUCGUUUAUUUCAGUGCAACUCUGUCAAUCAAGUUGAUGUAAUGAAUGACGUUCAAUGUUUUGCUGACAUUCAUUGGGCGUAUAUCGCUCCCAGUGUUUUAGUAUUCGUGGGAUUAUUUCUGGCAUUUCCUGUCUGGAUGAUUUACAGAAUUCGACGUGAAGUUUUAGCAGCAACGACUGAUCAUCACGAGAGUUAUCUCCAGUUGAAAGAAAUGGAAUAUAUGUCUGGAUUGGAUGUAAUUUGGGUCGUGAAAGGAUUCCAUUUAUUUUCAUCAUUCAAUCUACGUGCAGUUUUCUACCGUCCGAUUAUACAAUUUUUUAAGCUGGUUUUGUUGAUAGUUUAUGCUGCAGCCUUCUCCAAUAUUUUUGCUCAGGCUUUAUCAACAGCCGUGGUUCUCUCUGCCUUCUGGUUAUUGAUGCUGUACCUUCGUCCCUUCCGUAUUACCAGUUUUAACGUGAUGGUUAUAUUCGGAUAUCUGUGUUUAUUGGGGGAUGUUAUAUUUGGAUCAUGUAUCUCAUAUUCCAAACCCUCCUUAGUGGAAUCACCGUGGCUCGUACAGCCCUAUGCUGUCUGGGUUUUAGCCUCCAUUAACCUCAUUCUGGUGUUAGCCUGUAUUCUUUUCCUUCUUCAUCUCAUGAUUUACACGCUAUGCUGCUACAGAAAGAUGGGGAAGGAUCCAAUAUGGCCGUCAAUGGUGGCGAGAAACAACAGCCAGGUUAGCAAAGAGACCAAGAAAUAUAUAUAUGCUGUUUUAAAAGGAAGAACAGUUUUAGAGAAAUGUCGAACCAUGCCACCAUUGUUUUCACCAGUCCAUGAAUUAACUCAGCAGAUACAGGUUAUUAACGCGUUUUUACGAGAAUCUGAGAAGUUAGAGGAUGGUCUACACGAUACAUUGUGGGAUUUAUUAGAUGAGAUGAUCGAUACUCACAGACAGAUUGAACCACAAUCUUUAUUCUCUGAUGAUGUGAAAGAAUCAAUCAAACAGAAUGCUGAAGAAUUUCUAACGUAUAUGCCGAGUUUUUCACGUCGAUUAGCUCAGAGAGAUUACGAUUUUAUUCUGGUUUCACCGUUAAAGAAACGUCUGUUGUUAAAAAUGAACAUCCUGGGCAUGUUUUUACACGGUAGAAAAUACCAAAAACAAAAACAACAUAUGAUGUAUCCAGAAAUAAAGAAAAUGUGGCCUCAUUCCCCUAAGAAAACUACCACUUUAUUAGAUGGAGAAUAUUGUGAUGAUUUAUAUCCUGAAAGAUUAUUGGGACCUGAUACAGAGGAAAUGUUUGAAUCAUCAACUCUUCAUUUUCCUUUAGAACUGACAGAUAUAGAUGAGUCUGAUGAAACAGAAAGUACAGCCAUGUUGAUACGACCUAAUUCUAUCAGUGAUUUUAAAUCUCAAAGUGGUAGUUUGAUUUCAUUAAGAUCAGGAAAAGAUAACCCAGGGUUUAUAACAGAUCAGCCCACAAUUAAAGAUGAUAAAUUGAUAUUAAUGGAUCAAGAGAUCGGAGAAUCAUCCGUAGAUGAAACUCAACAAAAUAUGUCGAAACACGCUGAAAAUCUUAUUUCUUUGCUUGAUGAAACCAACCAAUCAGAUUCUGAGACGAACUUGGAUAAAUUUUCAACGAAUUUGAAAAGUUCUGGAUUGCCUGAAACGCAAUCUGAUUCGUCAAAACAAAAUGAAGACUUAAUAACGACACAUGACGAAACUGGUUCACCCAACAAUGAUGUUGAUUUGGAACAAAAGAGAAAAGAAUAUUUGAUAAAUACAGUUGAUGAAACUGGAGCGCCACAAUCUGACGUAAAUUUAGACAAAUUUCCUGCGACUUUGAAGAUUUCUGGUGUAGAAGAAGGGGAGACAACUACAGAUUUAAUAGAAAUUGAGUCUGAAGAGGAAGAAGAAGAGGAAGAGAAAGAAUUAAAAUCUAAGAAAGGAGGGAAGGGCAGAAAGGGUAAGGGCAAAUCAUCAACAGGAAAAAAAGGCAAGAAGAAGAAAUAG